GCCAAAAUCCCGCAGACAGCUGAUGUCUGUCAGCCCGGAGUCUCGCGAUAGAGGAGCCGGCUGCUGCGAGAUGUGGGGCUCAGGUGUAAGGAGGCAGAAGUAGCAGUAACAGAAGCAGCACUAGUAGUAGCUGAGAGAUGAGUGAGAGGAGAGGCUGCACUAUGUGGUCAGCAGCAGCAGCAGCAGCAGCAGUGGUAGUUGUAGCAUAGAGCUGCACAUUGUGGUCAGUAGCAGCAGCAGCAGAGACGGGGCUGCAGCAUCCCAGGCACAGGGACCAGGCUCACUUUUCUCCUUCUCACUUUGGAAGUACUUCAGGCUUCCAUGCCAUUCUUCCAAGAUGAUGUCCAUGAACAGCAAGCAGCCGCAUUUUGCAAUGCACCCGAGCUUACCUGAGCACAAGUACACCUCUCUGCACUCCAGUUCGGAAGCAAUAAGGAGAGCAUGCCUACCAACCCCACCGCUGCAGAGCAAUAUCUUCGCCAGCCUAGAUGAGACCCUCCUGGCCCGGGCCGAAGCGUUGGCCGCCGUGGACAUGGCAGUGUCACAGGGCAAAAGCCAUCCAUUCAAGCCUGAUGCCACCUACCAUACAAUGAGCAGCGUGCCAUGCUCCUCCAACUCCACGGUGCCGCUGGCCCACCAUCACCAUCAUCAUCACCACCACCAUCACCAGGGGAUGGAGCCCGGGGACUUGCUGGACCAUGUCACCUCCCCGUCCCUUGCACUUAUGAACUCGUCUGGACACGAUGGGGUCGGGGGUGGUGGUGGCGGAGGGGGAGGCGGUGGUGGCGGAGGUGGCGGUGGCGGAGGAGGCUUGAUCUCCACCUCAGCCCAUCCACACAGCCACAUGCACGGCCUGAGCCACCUCUCCCACCAGGCGGCCAUGAACAUGACCUCCGCGCUCCAGCACCCAGGCCUGAUGGCUGCACACCACGGACACGGGGGACAGGUGGCCUCGGCCGUGGGGGCAGCGGUGGGAUUGGCCUCCAUCUGUGACUCUGAGACGGACCCGCGGGAGCUGGAAGCCUUCGCCGAGCGCUUUAAGCAGCGGAGGAUCAAGCUUGGGGUAACCCAGGCCGAUGUGGGUUCUGCUUUGGCCAAUUUGAAAAUCCCCGGGGUGGGCUCCCUCAGCCAGAGCACUAUCUGCAGGUUCGAGUCCCUCACCCUGUCCCACAACAACAUGAUCGCUCUGAAGCCCAUUCUGCAAGCCUGGCUGGAGGAAGCAGAGGGGGCCCAGAGGGAAAAAAUGAACAAGCCCGAACUCUUCAAUGGGGGGGAAAAGAAACGCAAGCGGACUUCCAUCGCGGCUCCGGAGAAGAGGUCCUUGGAGGCGUAUUUCGCGGUGCAGCCGCGGCCCUCCUCGGAGAAGAUCGCUGCCAUAGCAGAGAAACUGGACCUGAAAAAGAAUGUGGUGAGGGUCUGGUUCUGCAACCAGAGACAGAAGCAGAAACGGAUGAAGUUCUCUGCCAAUUACUAAAGCCCCAACUAUUUAUUUAUUAUCUGUUUUUUAUUUAUUUAUUUAUUUAUUAUCGAUUUAUUUAUUAUCCUGAGUUCUCCCACUUUUUAUCUAUGUGUCUGUUGGAGGGAGGAGGGCUUUUCUCUCCUACAGGACUCAUGUGAGACUUCAGAUGAUCUCUAGAAAAAAAAUCCGGAGGAUUAAAUCUAACGAAAUAAAACCUUUAAAAAAUAAUAUUAAGUAAAUAAAUUAUUUAUUGCCGGGACCAAUGGACAAUAUCCUACACAGUACAGGGGAGAAAUCCGGGCGUCUUAACCCUCUGGAAACUGUAGAUCUAUUCUUGAAUUUUAAUAAAUAAAAUCAAGGGGAAGUGUACUUGCUUUGGACAAGGACAACUCGUAUAAAACACAUCUCACUGAAGCCGUAGGGGUACAAGUAUUGGUGGUGAUGAUGAUGAUGAUGAUGAUAUUAAUAAUAAUAAUAAUAAUGUGAAAUUAUCAGCAUUUUAUCAGAGUCUCUGUCUGUUUUUUUUUCCUGUUCCCUUGCUCUGUGCUGUUCCCAUUCUGUCUUGUUACUGGUCCCUGGGAGGGCUGUGUAUUGCGGGUAUUAGAGCUGCUGUAACCAACUCAUCUGGUCAAAUAAUAGACCAUGAGUUAUUUAUUUAUACCAAGUCUGUGGUAUUUAACGUUUUGACGGAAAUAUCCAAUUUGAUAUAUUGGAUGCAAAUAUUAAUAUAAAAGAUUUCCCCUCACGUCACUACUAUCAAUGGUAGGGUAGGAAUGUGGAUAUGUGUUGUGUUUAGUAAUGAUCCAUUGCAUUAGCGAGGGCCUGCAUUAUUAAACUUUCUGUUUAUUAUAAUAAAUAUACACAAGGGUUAAGGUCACUGCUUCUUUAAAAGUUUUGCACUACGGCAGUGUCAUUAAUUUUGCAGUUAGUACAUAUGUUAGUUGUAUCAUAUCUCCCACCCUACAGGAUAUAGUAGCCCUCUGUCCAACAUUUAGUCCAACAGUUUUCAGAAUUGUACUUUUCCCGAAAUCUUGAGACCAUUGACCAGACGUAUAUUUCUAUAAAGAGUUCACAGUCUAACUGGGAUCAUUUAUAACUCGUUUUGUUUCCUUGUUUGCAGAGCAAACUUUCUAUGCAUAUGAGCACUACAUAGGCUAGAUUCCGGUAGACUUUGUGUGUGCUGUGAUUUCACUGUUUUAUUGGCUGUCUUCACCCAAAAAUGAAAAGGAAAAAAAAAAAAAAAAAAAUCCACGACUUCGAUGUCCAGUAAUUGUGUGAUGCAGAGCAAAAUAUUGUAAAUAUUUAAAUUUUGACUUGAUGGUACAUAUGUGAGACCACACGAAUUUCCUCCAAACGCCUCAUAAUUUUAUCGACCUGUUUAUACAGAUUUGAAGAAUUUUUCCUUUCUUAUUUUCCCUCCCACUCCCACUGAAUCCCAAUAUUUUAUUUUUAUUUAUAUUUAUGUACGCCAGCUGCAAUAUGAAGAUGUGCAACGGUGACAAGAUACUUCUAAAUAAAUGCAAACAUUAAAACAUA